AUGCAGCCACGUGCCAUGUCUCAUGCAUGCAUGCACGCCACAUGGCGUGUGGCUGCUUGGCGGCAUGGGCUCGUGUGGGUGUACGCCAGUGUUGGGGUGUCUGAACUGUUCAACAGCAGUCUAGAAAUCCGCAUAGUUCCCCAACUGGCGAUUUUGAUAUGGAAUUGGGGAUUUGAAUCAUCGGUUGCGGGGCCCCCGGUGUAUGCAUACGGCCACGGAGCUCUGCAGAGGCCGCUUUCCUGGGGCAUCUUUGUAACAAUCGCGCAGAUUUCCCAGAUGUUUGUGGGGGUGGGGGUGACCGUUGUUUCCAUGUACUACGCCUUCACGUACCCGUACAAAGCCAUGUGGAGGGCUGAUCAGCUGGCGGAUUCUCUGGCGCACGGCCAGUACAUCACGGUAAAAAACCUGUACUGGGCCUGCCUCAUGUAUUCCACGUACUUCUACCUCUUCGCUGAAUAUUUCGUCAAGCGAUACGUAAGGGGCCGAGAGCAGCGCGCUCAGAAGAAACUGACUGACAAGAAGCUCGAAUGA